UGUGGCCCUUAGGGGGCGAGAAGCGGCAGGGAUCUAGGUCGCCAGCCUCCAAGGAAAAUUCAGGAUCGGCAUCUCUCUGGGACUUACAGGGUCAGACGGAAAAUGGACGCGUAUAGAUCCAUGGAAAGUGCACAGAGAGGAGAGUCGUAGUGACGAAUGGGCCCCUUUCACAAGCGGCGAGACAAACAGUGGGGGAGAAAAAGCAGAAAGGAGAUGCUAGGAACCGCCGCACCUUCCUGUCAGACUCUUGGGAAGCAGGAGAGCUACCUCGCAGAGGCGAACCCAGCCGCGGGACGAUUGAUGCAAACAGGCUCCGACACCGGCCGAGAGGUGUCGAGCUGGACACAUAUCGGGACGGUAUCUUGCAGUUGUUCGACUGCAGGAAGGUCGAACGAUUUCGCACACGCGAUUUUGGUGAAUCGAAGUCUCGACCAACAGCUUCUGCUAUCCGAGCAACCGUUGUUCUGCCGAAACAUCCAAUCCACCGUGCCCGCCGUUGACGAAAUCUUUAGCGCUGCGAAAUGAGUCCUGGAGGAGAUUCUUGACACUCGAGAAAACGCGGUUUUCUCAUGCUUUACCGCACACGGCUUACCUGCCCAUUUGUAGAAUUUUCCGCUGCGGGAACACGUGCGAAGCAACCACAGCAGUUGGCUGGGCAGAACGGUUGACAUUGCCUAUACAUACACCUGGCAGCUUCUGAGCUUUGCAAUGUAGCGGUGCUGGUCUGCUCCAAGUCAGACGUAAAUUUCCAACAAUGAUGGUGAUGAGUCUUGUU